CGGUUGGGGAAGCAUUACGUCAGAGGCAUAAUGGCGGAGGAGGCUGGUUGAGAAGGAGAAUUACUCCGUGAAGCGGCGCUGAAACCAACUUCAUCGCCCGUGGACGAGGAGAUCGGCGGUCCCCUCCCCCCACCUCCCCCCUCCCCGGAAAAAAAUGGCCUGCAAUUUCAACGAAGACAGAAAACUCGACAAGGACGGCGUGAAAGCGGCGGGCGGCGGCGGCUUGUCCGCGGACAGCGGCGGCGGAGAGAGCCAGAAACUAUUGUCAGCCUCCGCCGCGACCACAUCCAGGCAAAAUGGCGAUCAGGCUGGAUGUGAAGACGAGCAAAUGUCUGAACAAGACGCUGCUGAGCGGCGGAGGAGCUCGCUGUCAGACGCCAGGCACGGCGGCGGCUCUCCCUCCACCCUGCAGAAGCCCGCCGAGGAACUGCCACGGAAGAAUUUCCAGAUUCCUCGGAAGAUUAAAGAACGGAAAGGACUCCUCCAGAUGUUGCCUCCAGAUUCACGGGAGUUUGAGGAGCUUGUAAAGGUCCUCUCAUCCUUCUAUCUGGAUGCACCUUCUCGAGGAGCUUUCACCUACACCAAAGCAUGUCUCAUUCAUAAUGAGCUCCUGGAAAAAGAGUUUGUUGAGAAGAAAAGGGAACUCAAACAGGCUGGACGGACCGAAGCUGAGCUCACAGAAUCCUAUGCCUUUCUGCUGCCUGAUACAAACAAGACUCACUGGAUCUGUGAAAAGGGCCUGUCAGUGGGACAUGCACGGCUUAGCAAUUUGGGAAAUCCUGCUAAAGGGGUUUACCUUUCAAAAUACUCAGAUUUGUUGCAGAUAAAUCCAUUUGAUGCAGGUGCAUCUGGGGAUAUUAUUAUAUUUAAAGUCAUGAAGGGUAGAUUGAAGAGCAUAUUUGAAAACAUGCCCAAGAGUAAUUUGGAACCAGCACCUAAGUUUGACUGCCAUGUACACAAAAAUGCCAGCAAAGUGACCUCACUGUUAUCAUAUAGGGCCUUUGAGCUCACUCAGCAAUACUUUUAUGAGUUUGCGUUUGACGAGCUGAAGUCCCGGCCCAGGCAUGUGUGUCCGUAUGCUGUGGUGUCUUUCCAGUACAAAGGCAAAGAAUCAGCCACUGCUGCUCACAGAUUAAGCAGUUCUAUGUAUGAAGGAAAUCGAGUACGGCGAAGGUACACAGUGUGGAGUGGCCCGCUGGUUAACAAGGGGGAAGAGCUGUAUCAAGUGUGCAUCCGUUCCCCCAGUCUCCCUUUCCUUCCCCUCAAACUUCCUGAUAAAAUAGACAUAAGCAUGGUAAUGCACCUCGACCAAGUGAAGAGGAAAAUUCCUUCCACGCUGCUUUCAUGGGACACCUACAGUGGAACACGAGAGGCACUGAAGUGUGGGAUGUAUGCUAGUCUAUUUGAAGUCAUGGGGAAGACCAAACAAGGCAACUGCCUGUCUGGACUUCUUCAAAGAAUGGAGAGGGAAAAAAUGGUCCUUGUGAAGCCCCUGGUGGACAGAGGCUUUCUGUUUCUCUUAUCGUCGUCUCACAUGCACAGUUCUAAUGAGAGGCGAGGGAGGAGUGAUCGAGGAUUACAGGCACUUUUUAUUUUCCAAGAACCAAGAAUCAUGACACGGUUCUUCUCGAAGCACGCUGGCCAUCAUGAGGCAGUUCCUUUAGAGCCCAAAGACCCAAUCACUGAGCAUCUACACACCUUUGUCCCUGCACUGCACCAUGCCUUCUUCAAGCUGCGCUCCAAUCCCCCCAGAGACCUGGGAGCAGGCGUUAAAAACCAGGCUCUGGAUUAUCUGGGCGUCCAGGAGCAAGGAAUGGGACGCCCCUUUUUGGUGCCCGAGUACCGGACAAGCAUGGAUGAGCGCCCCAACCUGCACCCUGCACCUCGACCCAAGGGUAUGGACUCUGCUCUGAGUUCUUACAUGUACGGACCCAGUAACUUUCAGCUGCCGGUGACGCGUCUGCAGCAAGGCCUGCUGGACAGCGGGCAGCGCGGGUCUGUGUCUCCACCUGGUGGAGGAGCUGAGGAGUACAGCCCUGUGUCGGACUGGGGAGGUUCGGACCGUGCCUCGAGCAGCGGCCGGGCGGGUCCGGCGCCGGCACAGUCUAACGGCAGUGCCCAAAGGGCGCAGAAGAGCCAGACUGAUUACGAAAAGGAAAAGAUGGAGAAGCUGCUAAAACUGAUCCAGCUGCACAAGCGUGCACGGGGUAAAGACGACGUCGGUGAGCCCGAGCGAAGUGAUGAGUGGGACGCUGCUGGCCUUAAGAGGAGACUGGAGGGGGAUAUGCCUAGCAGUGUCAGCAAGUACCUGAACACGGGCCUUCUGAGCAACGGAGAGCAAGGGAGAGUUCCUCAGGGCGACAAGCCUCUCUCACUGUCGACGGUGAUGGACGACAUGGGGCUGUGCGACACGGACCUCCGGGAACAAGUCACCAACAGCGCCUCCCUCCAGGACACGCAGGCCCUCCUCAAGCUUUUCCUCAGCGCCUUAAACAAGGUUGCCCAGGGCUCCACUGCUGCUGCCGCUGCUGUUGCUGCUGCGGCUGAUGCCAUAACCGCCACACCUGCUGCUUCCACACAGCACCAAGACAGCUCGGGCCCCCCAGAGCCCACCACACACUGUGACCGUGACCUUCGCCCCAAACCUGCUGAGCAGGACCAGACCACACAGGACUACCUAGAGGCAUGCAGUAUUAGCAGUAUGGACCUGUGCAGUCCAUCAUCCAGUAUUGAGCAGCAGCCGUCCCGCACAUCUGAACCUCCCAGCAGCCAUAACCGCUUACAGUGGAGAGCAGGCUCCACAGUUUCUGACUCUGGGGUUGAUGUAUUGGUGGCGAACAAAUCUGGGCAAGCAGGCGGUAAAAUGCUAGACACUAUCCUCGACCAGGAGUUCCAGAACCUCUGCACGGGAAUUCAAAAAGUGAUGGACAGCCAUCAAAUACUGUAUGUUCCCCAGCCCCAGCCACCUUGGCACAAGGGUAAAGUCAAUGGGUUGGACUCCACCUUCUCUUCGUACGUGUCAAACUACGUCUCGCCACCAACUGUGCAAACUUACAUCAACUCUCUGUGUGAAAAAAUGAACCGCAUGAUUCGCUCACCUGGUGCUCCUUCAAACUCACUGGCCAAUCCUGCUGCUCCUACUGUUACUGCCCCUCUUCCUGCUCCAGUCCCUUCUUCUCAAGCAGCAGCGGCUCCUCCUUCUACAAUUCCUGCACCUCCUCCUGCUCUUCCCUCCAAACCACCAGCCCCUAAGCUUAAAUCAAAUGAAUCUUUACACAAACCCACACCACCUGAACACAAGCCUCAUACCCCCUCUUCAACUCCUUCUCCUACCCCUGCCCCCAAGAAACACCCGUCCCCUACCAGCAAGCCCCCCCGGCUCGGCACUGUCAAAGAGGUGCAUAUGGCCAUACCAGGGAAAAAGACUGACCCUAAGGUCCCCAACAUUGCAGAGAGUCCAGUGUGUCUGCCUUCAGCAGGCAUCCCAGCUCUCCCACUCAUACCCGAGCUGCCGCCUGACCCAGCCCAGGUGGGGGGAAGUAACGUGAUUGGUCAGAUCAAGCCGGAGGUGUUAUGCACUCUGAUGGAAAUCAUGCAGAUGAACGCAGUAAGGUUUUAUAUCAAGCGAGGGGAUCAGGAUGAGAACGAGCUCUGCACUGAGAUUAAGGUGUAUUUGCAAAGCCUCGGCAAUAUUGAAUGCGACCCUCAGACGUAUCUGGAAAACAACUGCCAGCAAAAGUUUAUGGUCAUUAUUCAGAAUGAGGACAUAGCAACUCAUGUUCACAAGAUUCCAGCCCUAGUGUCAUUAAAGAAGCUAUCUACGGUGUACUUUGCUGGAGUGGACAGUCUAGAUGAUGUAAAAAACCGCACUUAUAAUGAGCUUUUUGUUUCUGGAGGCCUCAUCGUUUCAGAUGAGCUCAUCCUCAGCCCUGACUACAUCACUCUAGAAAAGAUGCAGAUGUUCCUUCAGUUUCUGGAGAGUCAGAACUUGUCGUGGAAAUGGAAGGUACACUGCAAGACGCAGAAGAAGCUGAAAGAGCUCAGCAGGUUAAACUCUGAAGCUCUGGAUUUGUUGAACCUGCUGACAAUCUAUCAGAAGAAGCACCUAGUUGAGUUUUUGCCUUACCAUGAGUGUGAUGCUCCCUCCAGGCAAGCUCCAGAUCUUGACUGCCUGGUGAAGUUACAGGCUCAGCACUCACAACUCCGACACAUCAUUUUCCUCACAGAUAAACCAUUUGAUGUUCCCAAGUUCUCAAGUAAUGGCAUCAUGAUUGCUAGUAUAACCGACAUCAUGACUAACUUUGAGAGUCUGAUAAGCAGUACUAAAUCUGAGGUGCCUGCUCUCCUGGCUCCAGCGGAAACUGAUGCAUGCGUGGGUGAGGAGGACAUGUCCUUGGACUCGGAUGAGGACGCAACUUCGGCAGCUGUUGUCUCUAAGAACACAGAGGAAGAGAGAACCUCGCUCCCUCCUCUGCCUCAGAGUGAAGAGUUUCGGCCCCCUCUCCCUGAACUCCCUGUUCAGGACCCUCUGUCGUCUUUCCCCGUUGACUACAACGUUCUGAAGUUGGCCAUCUCAGAAUACAAGGCGUCCAGGCAAAGCAGCACAUCCUCAGCUGAUUUAGAGGACAGCUUGACCAGUUUCGGGGUUAAUCCUCACCAGAGUUACCUGUACCCCAGCUCGGCACAGUGGAGUCCGUACUCUGGCUCUCCCGGCUACCAUGUGGGCUCAGCCUAUUCUUCUCCCGCCUGCUCGACCUCUCAAGGGCAGGAGCUCAGCCAGGCCAGCACCAUGAGCAUAACUCAGGGCAGUGCUGCUGCUGCUGCUGUUCCACUUUCUCAAACUUCUUCUCUGCUCCAGGCUAUCCCUAGCACUCUCCCUCCUCUUAACCCUUCCACAUUACACCCUGCUAACUCAGCUCUACUGCCCCCUGCCAGCAACUCUCCCCUGCCUGUGCCCCAGGCCUCUACCGGCAGCAUAGCAGAGGCCCUACCUGUUCCACAGGCAACAUCCUGUCCUCAGGCCCAGGCUGAUGAUGCUAUGGUAGCCUUAACCAGUAGCAUCAGUCAGGUUGUACAGAAUAAAGCCAUCGAAUCCACAGCCCUCACGUCCUCUUCAAGCUCGUCCUCCUCAUCUCUACCCACUUACCCAGAACCUUCAAUGUUCCCUGCACUCACACCCAUCCCCCCAGUACCCCCAAUGCCCAUUCUUAACUGGGCAGCUGCACCAGGUCCACAUCAGAGCUAUCCACCAGGAGUAAACAGGGGGGCUUUCGGUCCUCUCCCCUCAUUGCAGAACGAAGCUGCGAGGACACCAUCUUCUUCAGCUGCCGUAAAUCCGUUGUGGGCAGGAGCUGGUGACUGUGCGACCCCUAACAGUAAAGUUGAGGGAAGCACACCUGGGUCAGCAUCUUCUACAGUCCCACUGCAGGAAGCGGGGCUGGAGAAGGGCAGCACUCCCGAAAGCCUCAUGCCCGGCAGCCAAGGCAGCAGGACUCCACUGAACUCUUGCUCAGAGAGCCAUGGUGUUGGUCCUCCUCAGCCUCACGCUGGAGGUCUUGCAUCUGGAAGGGGGGGUGGGGGUGGUGCUGCUGCUGCUGCCAUCCCAAGAGGACUUCUUCCCCUCCCAGGAGCCGUGUGCCGAGGGGGACCACAAGGGAUGGGCUCCCAUGGUAGUGGCGGCGGCGGCACAUAUGGCCCUCGAGGGCCCAUGCCGGGGCUCAUGGACAUGAUGCGCGGAGGCUACCGAGGGAGAGGUCCCCCUCCCAUGCCCAUGAGGUCCAGACCAAGUCGGGGGCCUAUGAGGGGCAGCUGUAACUGGGGCUACCCUUCUGGCAGGGGAGGGGGCGGAGUUCCAGAUUACUACUCGGACCAUCCAUACCCCUAAAAUGCCACGGGGAGCAGUAAAUUCUCACGGACUACUUUGCGUAGAGAAUGUAUAUAUUUAACAUGAAGAGCACAUUGAACCAUGAUGUGGGUUUAAAAAAAAAUUAAAUUCUGGUUUUGUAUCAGUUAGAUCAACAAUUCACACAGCGGCCGAUGUUUUGCUGUUGCUCCAAAAUGCUCUUCCUUAACAAGAUGUUUGAAACCUUGUCCAGACCACUAUAUUUAUAUUGCCAAGAAAUGUUAAUGCCUUUCAAUGUUACGGCUUUUGUUUUGUCCCCCUCCUUCCUCCCAGUUUUCAAAAACGGUUUGUGAUCAAGGGUCAAAGUACAGACAAUAUUUUUUUAAAAAGAAAGUGAGUCACUCUUCAUUUUAGCUGGUUUUUGUUUUGAGUUUUUUUUUUUUUACAUUCUUGGUUGUACAAAACGUUCUAUUAAACAAGGUUGUAUCAAACAUAGAA